GACAAUAACGACAAUACAUAAAUCUCCGAACAAUACGAAACUUAGCAACUUUUCGCUACGUAUGCAGACGAACCGCUCGAUAGUAGCGCAGAGAGCCCGAGCGAGGCAGAAGCACGUGUGGCGACCAGCUGGGAGGACCAGCUCCAGGGGGGAGACCUAAAGGGGCCUUCAUGAGUUUUAAAAACUACCUGACUUGAUACGCUCAUCUCCAACAACAUCAAGGCUGCAAGAUGAGUGACUCAGAGAACGGCAGCGAGUUUGAUGGCGACAUUGAGGAAACGGAAUUUGGACUUUACAUGCAGCUUUAUUUUGAAUCCAAUCCAGAAUAUAAGUCUAAUGAACCAGAAAACAAAACUCAUGACAGUUUUCAUAUGAGGCUUCAGUCAUCAGGCAAGGAGAGCAUCGAAGAAUCCCCCGAGUCAAAUGUGAACACUAGGGAAGAUAAGGAAAUAGAAGUACAGAAAUACAAUGAUUGCCAGGCUGAUAAUGGCAAAGCAUGCACUACCAGUUGCAUCAAGGAAAAUAAUCUUGAGUUUUCAAGAAAUGCGAGGAACAAUGAUACCAAAGGGAGGGAUGCUACGGAUAACGCCGAUGCACCAUGCUCAGUGGCAGAUAUUCAAGGGAUGGACCAACAGAGCCAACUGAAAAGGGUAUCCAGAGAAAGGCUUUCUAGUAUUUGUAGUAUAGACAGCAUAUCAGGUAGUGUCCCUCUGGAUAACUUGUACUGUGUAGAUUUAAUUUCUGAUGAAGAGGACAGAGGAGUCAGCCAGAACUUGGCCAUCUCUGAGAGAUUAGAACAGGAAAUUGCAGAGGCUCCCCAAGAAACUAGCAAUUCUAGGAAAAGGAAAAGGUUCAGGUAUUCAUCUGACAGUGAUAUAGAAGAAUCAAGAUGUGCUAGUCUAGCUGGAAAGGCAAACACACAUAAGAAAAGGAUUACAAGUGCACCAAAAUGUAGCUCUUCAAGGAACAGUGAUGAGGAAGAGGAUGUUUAUGUCCUUCCUCCUCCACCACGACAGAAAAUUUCAGUUGUGAAUUUAGCGUCAACUUCUGAUAGCGAUUCAUCAGAUGCCCCCAAUUUGAGAGGAAAACAAGAUACCAAGGCUAAAGGCAAAUUUGGUUUACAAGUUGAUCGCACACCCAAAUGUAUAUCCAAAGCAAAAGAUGUAAAAUCACCCAAAAAGUUACUGAAUGGGGACCUUUCCCAAAUAAUUGCUGCCAUAAAGAGAGGCAGUAAGAGCACAAAUGUUACUUGUGAGUCUGACACAGAGAGUGAGACCGACUCCCUUGAUGGGGAAAUAGGAACAAAAUUGACAAUGAAUUUAGACAAAGGAUUAAAAAGACUCCUUGACAAUGAUAAGGAGCACACAAAUAGACCAACCAGAAAGGUUGAGAAUAUGAAAAGUUUUGACUACAGCAAAACACUUCUAAAAACCAAGAAUCUACCAAGCUGUAAGAAGUGGACAGCCUCUAUGGCAUCUUUCUAUGAUUCAGAUGUAUCAGAAGACCUGCAGAUAGAGGCAGUACACAAGCAACAAUCAAAUUCACUAAGGGACUGGCAUAUUAAUGCAAGUGAUUAUCCAGUCUACCAAAGAGGCCGAUAUUUUACCAGGGAAGUCAGGUGUACUCGAUGUCGCCAGUUUGGUCACCUGGAGAAGGAUUGUCCAAGAGUACCACAUUGUCACCUGUGCUCCCAAACAGGACAUACAGUGAGAUACAUGUGUCCGGAAAACUGUUGCUUUAGAUGUGGUGGAGAACCCCAUGGAUUUUGUUACAACACUUCAGCUGCUGUCAGAUGCCAUUUGUGUGGCUUUCAUGGUCAUCAGAUGCAGAUGUGCCCAGAUUUGUGGAGGCGAUUUCACAUAACGACUUCUGGGGAAGAAGUACAAAGCCCAGAAUUCCACAAGGUUCGCCCUUUAAAAGAACAGUAUUGUUGCAUAUGUGCCAAGCAAGGACAUUACAGCUAUAUUUGUCCUCAUAGGCACGAGAACUCUUAUUACUCUCAAGUUCCACAAACGGUCAUCAGCUACUCCUCACCAGUUUUACAGGAAAAUGGCAAACUCACAGUCAGCGCUGGAGCUGAGAUUUUAGAGGUGCCAGCAGAUGUUACAAAAUUCUCUGUGAAGCAACGAGAUGCUGGACGCUUAAUAGGACGGCAAGGGAUGGUUGUGAAGGAAGUCCAGAAACUGUCAAAUGCCAAAGUUAUUAUUAAUACAAAAUAUGGAAGAUGUCAGGUUCACAUCUGUGGAAGUUGGAAGGACAGGAAACUUGCAAAAGGAAUAAUUGAAGUUCUACUUGGUCGUAUACCAGUAGGUGAAUAUAAAGAGUACAUCACCAAUAUAGCCAACGUCACUGAUGACCCUAAUAUACAGGAACUUUUAAUGUACUCAGAUUCAAACAAAGUCUUGACAGAACUAGAAGACAGUAACCAGCCUCUACCAGGUUAUCGCGGCAGAAUUAGCAAAAGCUCCUCACGUAUUCUGGAAAAUCUUCCCAGGACAAGAGAAGAUCUCUUGGCUAAAAUAUCUGAAAGUGUUUCAGAUCUGAAGUCUGUUGAUUUUGAUGUGAAAAGACGUGUUAAACUCUUGAAAAAGGAAAGAGACUCGCUAGAUUUUAAUGAUGCAUCUCCCGAUAUUAUUCGUCGGAUGCAAAAGUUGUUGAAUGAAUUAUCAAGAGUUAUUAUUGGUAGAGAGAUGUAUGGUGAUGGUAAAGAUAUCCAUGAAAGUUUAUCCAAUUUGCAAAGCAAAGUAACAGAAUGUAAAAGUAAUAGAGUUCCUGAAGAUUUGUGUGAAAACGUUGCACAUACCCUUCGUAUGGUCUAUAAUCCUUCUAUUGAAAGAGUAGAUACUAUAUUGAGCUAUGCAGAAGACUAUCUGGAAAGAGUGAGUAAAAACGAGGGGAAGAAAGAAAAUCUAGAAAAAUUUAGGAAAACCUACAAGAGGAAACAAGUUAAUACUGCUGGUUCAGAGGAAAAUGGGAUCAAAUUGCUAAAGAAAAAGCUCAAGAGACUUAAAAGUAAGAGUGGAAAUCUCUUUGGAAGAAACUCUGAUCUGAUAUGUAAACAUAACAGAUUACAGUUAAAAUGUAAGCAUUGCAAAAAUGAAGCACAAGAAAUGCACAGUCGGUGCCGGCACAAGGCAGAACAAAAGAAUUGCGGACUUUGUAAGAAACAAAAAGAUAUGAAAAGAAAGAGUAAAAUGUGUGUCCACGAUUCCAUAAAAGGUAAGUGUAAGAAGUGCAAAAAGAAGAAAAAACCCAAACGAAAUAGUACAGCGUUUUGGAAUGAAAUAUUUAAGGACUGUUGAGUUCCAAGAAGUGAUAAAACCAAUGAACCUGCCUAAGUUGAAAAUAUCCCAGAGAUUAUUUUAUUUAUCAAGUAUGUAGCUAUGGUAUUUCUUUUUCAACAAUUCAGGUUUGUGAGAAGGUGCUCUAAAUCUUUAAUCCACUGGAUCCGUUUUGAGCUUAAUUUCUUAAUUUCUUUGGUAUGAUUUUUUACCCUUUUACAAUUGCCAUUUUGCCAUUAGACCAACUACUUGAAACCUGAUAUGAGUCAUAUUUUUCUUUUUGAAGGAAAACUAAACUUUGAAUAUAAGCAGAUUAUAUAAAUAAAGUUUGAGUUGAAAUGUG